CAAUUUGUUAGGACUUGGAUUGAGUGGCACUUUGGGUUACCAGCUUUCUAGCUUGACAUCUGUAACUUACUUUGCAGUGAUUUGAGCAAGAACAACCUGCAUGGCGACAUUCCCUACCAACUUCCACCAAGCGCUGUUCACAUAAAUCUUGCUGGGAAUGCAUUUACUGGUGGGGUACCUUACUCGAUUUCAGAAAUGAAUGACCUUGGAACUCUCAAUCUCAGCAAUAAUCAGCUGAGCGGGCAAGCAUCAGAUAUGUUCGGAAAACUUCGAAAGCUCUAUGAAUUGGAUCUGUCGUUCAACCGCUUCUCAGGAAAUCUGCCUCAGAGUUUCGGGUCCCUUAAAACACUGAAAACUUUGUAUUUGCAGAACAAUCAAUUUACUGGCUCUGUUAAUGUUCUUGCUUCUCUGAAGCUUGAUAACUUGAAUAUUCAGAACAACCAGUUCACUGGCUGGAUUCCAGAUGGAUUUAAAAAGAUUGACAAUCUCGAAGCUGGUGGAAAUUCUUGGUCAUCUACACGAGCACCCCCACAUUAUCAUAUUUACAACAAUGAUAAUGAUGACCGAUAUGGUGCCUUGCGGGAAAAAUCAUCAGUUAUAAAGGGCUUAGCCAUUGGUGGAGCAAUAGUAGCUGUACUUCUUAUCAUUUUGUUUAUAUUGACCCUAAUUAAGAAGAAGUCUGCAACUUUGUUGCACUACAUUGACGAGUCAGAUAGUCAGAGAAGGUCAUUUGCACCUUUGGUUAGCCAUGAUAAAGGUUUCAAGUUCAUGGGAUCCUCAGCAGCAGCUGAUAUCUUACCAAGAUCUUCAUCUUUGGGUGUGAAGCCUUCACCUUCUGAUCGGAGCAGCUCUGUCGGUGAAAAUGAGUUUAAAAUUAAAUUUAAUUCCAAGCCUCACACAUCUGGGAGGAGCAGUUCAGUCAGUGAAAAUGAUUUCAAAGUUAAAUUUAAUUACAAACGAAACACGGAGCCGAUUAAUGCUAGCACAAUGUUACUGGUAGAUUUGCAAGCAGCCACAGGAGGAUUUAGUGCUAGUCGUCUUGUUGGAAAGGGGUCCCUUGGAUGUGUAUACAAGGCCAAAUGUGUCGAUGGAAGGAUUUUGGCUGUGAAGAAAGUGGACUCGCCUAGUCAUGAUUUUGCGGAAGUCAUUUCUGGCAUCUCAAAGCUGCACCAUCCUAACAUUUCCGAACUAGUUGGUUUCUGCUUGGAGUCAGACUUUAAUCUCCUGGUGUAUGAUUAUGAAAGAAAUGGCUCCCUUCAUGAUUAUUUACAUUUAUCGGAUGAUUACUGCAAUCCAUUGACUUGGGACACUCGAGUUAGAAUUGCUCUCGGAACAGCUCGUGCCUUAGAAUAUUUGCACGAGGUCUGCUCCCCAUAUAUUGUCCAUAAGAAUAUAAAGUCGCCGAACAUUUUGCUUGAUAUUGAGCUUAAUUCCCACUUAUCUGACUGUGGCUUAGCGUCCUUCUAUCAGGAAACGAGCAAGAAUUUGGGUCCAGGUUAUCAACCUCCUGAGUACAAUAAGCCAUCUGAUUAUACCAUGAAGAGUGAUAUAUAUUGCUUUGGUGUGGUCAUGUUGGAACUAUUGACAGGCCGAAAGCCUUUUGACAGUUCCAAACCAAGAUCUGAACAGUCUUUGGUUCGAUGGGCGAUGCCGCAGCUUCAUGACGAUGAUGCAUUGGCCCAGAUGGCAGAUCCAGCUCUUCGCGGCCUUUACUCUCCAAAAUCUUUAUCUCGAUUUGCUGAUGUUAUUGCUCUCUGUGUCCAGCCGGAACCCGAAUUCCGUCCACCAAUUUCUGCAGUCGUGCAAGCCCUUGUUCUCUGCGUGCAGAGAUCGAGCAUCCGUAAGAAGAUUGGUGGUGAACUCAGCACUUCUCGUCGGAGCGAUGACUCUGAGUAUUACUUCUAAGGAUCUAUAAGUUCUCUUACUGAUAAUAUUCAGGUUCUUUGAGACACUGAAGCCAUAUAAGUGCAGAAAACCUGAACAGUUUAUUCUUUUCGAGAAUUUCUUCGUCAAAUUUUGCCAAUUUUCAGGUAAAUUAAGACGAGAAAAACCAUUUUGAAGCAGAAAUCAAACGACGACUAGAUUCUCGGCGAAAUCUCCUGUUGCCAGCUUCUAAAUUUGUAUUGAUUAGGAGUCCAUGAUCUGUACUAGGCACAGGCAACAUUCCCUUAAAAAGGCAUGAUUGCUCGCAGACUUAGGAUUUAUAACUUGGUUUAUAUGCUCUGAAAAAUGAGUUAAAACAGGCUUUUGUGCAUUGAAAUUUAUCACCAUUUCUGCUCAUGCAUAUUAUUGUUUUCAAGAAUCUAUUCUGUUUAGGAAGAUUCGCAUACUAAUGAAUUCUUAUGUAUUUACAUAUCUAACACCCGAGUUUUAAUGUAUU